GGGGCGCGGGUUCUGUGAGGUGAGCCGGGGCCUGGGCGGCGGCGGCGGCGGCGGCGGGGCCCCAGCAGGACCUGGCGCGGCGUCCGCGGUCUCCGGGGCGGGGGCUGUGGUCGCGAGGCCCCCUCCCCGGGGAGGCGGAGCCGGGUCGAGCCUGGGCGGCGGCGGCGCCGGCCGGGAACCAUGCAUCAGAAGCUGCUGAAGAGCGCGCAUUACAUCGAGCUGGGCAGCUACCAGUACUGGCCGGUCCUGGUGCCCCGCGGCAUCCGCCUCUACACCUACGAGCAGAUCCCCGUGUCCCUCAAGGACAACCCGUACAUCACCGACGGCUACCGGGCCUACCUGCCCUCCAGGCUGUGUAUCAAAAGUUUAUUUAUUUUAUCUAACGAAACAGUAAACAUCUGGAGUCAUUUGCUGGGUUUCUUUCUCUUCUUCACCCUGGGAAUAUAUGACAUGACAUCUGUGUUACCUUCUGCAAGUGCAUCCAGAGAAGAUUUUGUAAUUUGUUCUAUUUGUCUUUUCUGCUUCCAGGUCUGUAUGCUUUGUUCUGUGGGCUAUCAUCUUUUUUCCUGCCAUCGGUCAGAAAAAACCUGUCGAAGAUGGAUGGCAUUAGAUUAUGCCGGAAUUUCUAUUGGAAUACUGGGCUGCUAUGUCUCAGGAGUGUUUUAUGCAUUUUAUUGUAAUAAUUAUUGGCGCCAAGUGUAUUUGAUCACCGUGCUUGCUAUGAUCCUGGCAGUGUUCUUUGCACAGAUCCAUCCCAAUUAUCUUACACAGCAGUGGCAGAGACUCCGCUCUAUCAUUUUUUGCUCUGUUUCGGGAUAUGGCGUGAUCCCUACUCUUCACUGGGUUUGGCUUAAUGGAGGAAUUGGUGCACCUAUUGUUCAGGACUUUGCACCCCGUGUAAUUGUGAUGUAUGUGAUUGCUCUUCUUGCUUUCCUAUUCUACAUUUCCAAAGUCCCAGAAAGGUAUUUUCCAGGACAACUAAACUACCUCGGAUCAAGCCACCAAAUAUGGCAUAUCCUUGCAGUAGUGAUGUUAUAUUGGUGGCACCAGUCAACUGUGUAUGUCAUGCAGUACAGACAUAGCAAGCCUUGUCCUGACUAUAUUUCUCAUUUGUGAAUUCAGGUAUGGCUACCUGGCAAAUUCAGUUGUUGAGCAAUAUUCAGUGGGGGAGUUGUAGACCCCACUAUUUCUAAGGUUUCCAUUAGUUUUUUUUUCUCUUUUCUCUUGCUGUAUGUAUCAUGAGUAAGGAUUUAUGAACAUAUGACAAUAUACUUAGGCUCUGAAGUAAUAAUUGCUUUACAGACCCUUAAUACUACAAAUUUGCUGCUUACACGAAAAGUGAAAAUUAGUGGGCCAUCUUAAGAUAUAUCUGGAUGGCAACACUGAAUGUUAAAUUAAACCCAUUUUACUUUACACCAGCUUAAUUUCCUUAGGAAGGGCUCAUCUCCAUUGAAUGACAGAUUACAUAGAGUCAGUCAUCUUGAGUGAUGACUUUAAUAGAAGAUAUUUUCAUUAAAUUAUCAAACUUAAGUGCCUAAUCAAGGCAACGAUUGUUAUAGCCUAUGCUUAUUACAAGUGAAGAUAGUAAUUUUGAAUAAUCACAGCCUUUAAAUGAAUGGUUAUGAAAAACUGGCACUUAAGGUACUUCUUUAGCUAUAGAUUCUCUUCUCCUUAGAAAUACGCUGAGCUUUGGGGGUUUUGCCAAGACAAAAACUUGAAACUUCUCCUUGGAGAGAGAGAUUUUCACAUGCAUUGCUAUUUCUUUAUCAUGUAAUAGUCACACAGGAAACGAAGGACAUGGUCUACUUAGUAACAAAGUAAUUAUCCACUUAAAUCUUUUAAUCCCAGUAUUGUUUAAUUCUGUAUUAUAAUUGAAUUCUUGAGAGUGGAUUUGACAUCUCAGAAGAACUUUCAGCUCUUAAUUUGUAGUCCUAAAUUUCAUAAUGAAGGUUUCAGCUAUCUGGGUGCUACUUUCAAGGCCAUAGGAUCUUGACCCUGAAAUGAACCUUAAGCCUUAGAACACUCAUGCAAAUACCCCAUUUAAUGAUAUUCUCUUAUACUUUAGUGUUCUGUUUGUGCAUGUGUUAGCAUUACAUUCAUAGAUAACUCGAAAGUAUAAAUGAAAUCUAAAAUUUGGACUUGAAGCAUUAACCUUGCUCUUGUUUAUACAUAUUUCACUGCCCGAUUAUACAGUGUAACUCCUUUGUUCUUUGCUCUUCCCAUAUGCAUAAAAUUAAAUCCUUUAUUGAAUUUAUAAAAAUAUACUUUAUUAUAAAAUACCAUCAGAACUUCUUAAUGAGUUGGCAAGUUCUUUUAAAUACUUCUGUUUUAAUUCAGUGAAAGUUAACUGGAUAUCAUAAAAAACUUACUUUGAAGUUUAUCCUAAAAUAUUUCCUGUACAUCCAGCAUUUGGAAAGUUAUAAUGUACCUCAGUUUAUGCUUCUGUACAACCUUGUUUCUUUCUAGUGUAGUGUUUCUGGAUUAUAAAUUCCCAAUGCUAGCACUGCACAAGAGGAAUUUUCUGAGUAGGCUCAGUGCAGACACACUACAACAUAACCAUUAUGGUGGAAUGCUACUUUGAAAAUGGCUAUUAUACCUCAUUAAGGCCACCAAUUUGUGUGCUAAGUAUUAGAUUUUGAUGUAACAACAGUAGGAUAAAAUGCUUGUAAAUACGUACUGAGUCAUUUCGGCCAUGUGAAAUACACUGAUUAUUGAUCAAAAAGUGAGAAGAAAGUUAUUCUAGGUGUAGGACCAUUUUUAUUGUAAGAUCUCAAAGAUUAAAAGCACUGAUUCUUAAGUUUUACUUUGUUUUAUUAAUUCUUGGGGAUUUUUGGUCAUAGUGUAGGAGUUAUGUAAUAUUAACCUGAGUUAAUACAUAAAAAGAGCAUAUUGUAUUUUUAAACAAUAAUUUGAAAUCUGAAAUGCAUACUGGUGUGACUGUAGGGAAAAUUAUGCCAUGUAAACAUUUCAAUGCUUUAUGAAAAUGUUAAAUGUAAGAAAAGCGACCUUUUUAUCUUUAGUCUGAUGUAUUUAUUAUAAGGAAUGAAUAUGGACUGUCGCAAUGGAUACUUACGUAUUUCAGCAUUUAUUGACCAAUCUACUGUGUGCAUAGCACUACUGGUAAAAUUUAAGACAUUGUUAACAUUAAAGAAUAUUUAAAAGUUGCCUACAUAUCUGAGCCUUGUAAUAAUGUAUUUUUGUUUUUUUAGCUUAUUAAAAUGAUUAAACAUAUAUUAUUGGAGUUACAGUAUUAAAAAGACUGGUUUUAAUUUUACAUAUGUGGAAACUAAAGUUUUUACUCAUAGACUUUGCAAGGAUUUUUCAGUUAUCUAUAGCUGUUUUAAAUUAUAUAUAGUUUUAUUUCUCACUUAAGAAAGUCAUCUUUACAUAUAAAGCCAUUUUCAAAUAGCAAGAGUUUUGUCAUUUUUUAUUAUAUUGGUACAAUUCAGUAAGCUGCAUGGCAAAAUAUUAAUGUAAAUAAACUGGGUUUACUAAAUAUAUUAAGUGCUGCUUGUCAUUUUUAUAAUGCAUAAAGGCUUUAACAUCAUAUUCUAGAGUCAGGAAUGAAGAAUCAGGGAUUAUCUCUCACAUCUUAUGGCAUCCCACAUGGACAAAGUAUCCAAUGUGAAGAUUGUGAUUGACUGGCAUAGAGCUGUACAACUCUCCAUUUGGCAGGUACCUACUAGAGAUACACUUUACACUCUAGUAAAUGUACAAGAGUAAAGCCUGAAUUUCUGGAUUCCUGCUGGUUGCUUAAAUGAGUAGAUUCACACCAACCCAAACAAUCCUUCCUGGUAAAAUGUGAGGGCUUUUUUUUUUUUUUUUUAAAUCAGCUCAGCUGUUGGAGGGAAGAGCAGAGGUGCCUUCUCUUAUCACAAUAAUAGUGUUCAUAUUGAAAUAUCUAGGUGCUCUUGAAUACCAUACCUCUGAUACUUUGAUACUCUAAUACCUUAACAAAAUCCCAAAGGGAGAAAGAAAUAGUAUUUAGCACUUCUAUGAAACUGAACCUGCUCAGGCUUAAAUGCACAGCUACCAAGGGCCUCGGCCUGCUCUCAAAAUAUCCCAGCAAAACAUUAGCUAGCGUGGGUAUAAUUUCAGUUGUGCCAACCAUGUCAACUAUCUUCUUUAACAUUCAAAAAAAGACUACAAAAGUUUUGAAAAAUACAUUUAAAUAUUAACUACAUUACACAUCUGCUUGAACUAAGCUUCCUUAAGAAGGAAGGCCAAGACAAGUAGCUCAAUUUGCACCAUAUAUUAUUUUCUAAAGGUUAGCUAUAACUGAAUUCCAACAGUUGCUACAUUGCAAAUUGUUCUAAUAGGCUAUAAUUAUGGUAUUUUGCUGUGUUGUACUAUAUAAUAUCCUUAUUUUUCUGUAUAACUUUAGGCAAAUGUUACUACUUUAAAAUGUUCAUUUGUAGUAAGAUGAAUCAUGUCCAUGACAGAACCUGUCAAAAACCACCAACCUAUAGCCUCCAGUUUGUGGAAUGUAAAAUACUACAGCCCUGACAGCAAGCUUCUUCCAUCAGCCUGGUAUAUAGGUUUCUCUUUAAUGUACAGUCUCUUUUCUGACAACAGUCAUAAGACUACUAUUUAAUUUGACUGAAGAUUUUUUAAGUUACGAAUGUUAAUAGUCUUUUAAGAAUUAAAAAAAUACCUUAUAAAUGAUGUGAAAGCUAUGUCAAAUUAUUCAAUUAUUGGUCUUGUAUUAAGUGGUGCUCUUGCAAAAAAAAAUUAGGUCAAAAUAUGUUUUCUUAAAUCCUGCACCACGAAUCUUAAAACAGGAGUCUAACUUUAAUUUUUUUAUGCCACUAGCUGGUAAAAAAUAGAAGGAAGGAAGGAAAUGAAAGAACUGAAUAUUAUAUCCACAACAUUUAAUAAGAUAAUGAAAAAACUCCACAGUCACUGAUUAUAAAGAAUAGACAAUCCUUUUGGGAUUUAUUGCAUUUAAAGAAAGCAGAUUACUAAAACAGUAGGUAUGAUAAAUACAGUAAGAAAAUAAACUUCAAACAAGCUGAAUCAGGAACAGAAUUCAAUAAUAAUCAAUGUAAAGGCAAUAAAGUAAUAAAAUUAGUGCUUAGAUAUAUAAGGGGGAAAGCAACUGAUUCAGACCAGUUUCCCAGCAAUAUUUGAAGACUGAAGUUACUUUAGCACAUAUAUUUCAUAACAAUUAGGAAUAUAACAAAGAUGUAAAUCUGGUUUAUUUAAAGGGUAAAGUUAUUUGCUUAGUGGUACAUAAAAGGCUUCAGAAAAUUCAAGUUUAACACAAAAUGGAAGUGUAAUCAAAAAAAGUGCACUUAAAGCUGUUUUCCAGCAAUUAAAAAAGUAGCUUCUAUACUGCUAUUAGAUGACUUUUCAAUCACAAAAAAAUAGCAGAAACAAUUCUUUCAAAAUCAGCACUAUAAAUUUUAAAAUAAAAAUAACCAAAAAUAACAAUCCUUUACAUUUUCAUCAACUUUCUUUUAGUGGUUUUUAUAAACCCUCUCCAGGAGUGAAUGUUAUUUUAGAUAUGAUUGUGAUUGCAAGUCCAUUAAAAAAUUCACAUUAACUCCACAGUAGAGAGAUGUGAUGUGCAUGCAUGUGUCUAUUAUAGAGUUGUGUCUUAAUAUAUAAAACACCACUGAGUAUAAAAGUUUUCAAAUAAACUAUCAUUUAUGUUAAUUCUCACAGUAGAUAUAUCAUCUCAUUCUCACAGUAAUUGGACCUAACAUAAUAAGUAGAGUUGCUAAAAAAGAAAAAGUUCACUGCACAUUCUACACAUAUUAAAACAAAUGUACCCAAACUCUUCAGAAUACUAGUGAUUUUAACAUACUUGUACCUUCUAACAGUGCUUAUGUGAAGUACCAAAACCUAAAAGAAACCCAGCCAGGCAGCUGAGUGGUCAGAAAACUGCUCUGCAUAAAGAUCAGAAGCAUAGAAGAGUGGGCCCCACCUUAGUAUUUUCCACCAGCAAGAGAAGAACAAGUCUAUAAACAAUAGGAUCAAAAGGUGCAUAUACCUGCAGAUCAGAUGUCAUAACUAUGCCCAAAUACACACAUACCCAGGGUUGGCAAAGGUUACACUUCUGAAUAAAUACUAGUCAGUUACAACUUUUCCUCCUUGACCUAUUAUAUAUACACCAAGCAAUUUUUGUGUCCUAGCAUAUACAUUCUUUGAUGCUAUGAAAGCUGAUCUUUUAAAUACUAACAUUUUACUAAAGUAAUGAAAGUUGAGCAAAUGGUCCACUUUU